CUGGCACUUAUGACAAUUGUGAUCCUCAUCAAUCAGUAACGUACGGCACGUCACAAACGUUGGUUUAAAUUAAAUACACCAUACCCGCUCCCUGAUUCCCGUCUUGAUUAUACCUGAGGCAUGGAGUUCUCUACGAGUCUACGUAGUAUCAUGCCUGUGCCAAUCGUGAAGAUUACUUAAACCGUAUUGGACAGCCUUAAUUCCUCCUGUUAAGAUCAGCCAAUAAAGGCGGAAAUCGAUCCAUCGAUCAGUUCACCGGCCAUUUUUUUUUUCUUACCCGAAUGACAUGAAAUUAACCUGUACCGUGGAUAGACAGCCAUGGAUUCCCGAUUAAAUGGCCCAGUCACCCAAGGCCGUGACUAAAAAUUUAAUUAAUCCUGAGCUACCAACCUAAUUUUGGUCAAUAGUCUUGUUCGUGGACAAGAACGAGAGCGUCUGACCCACCGGCCGACGCUGAGAGCAACGUUUCAUCCCGCAUUUACCCUCCGAAAAUCCUGAAGUCUGCUUCAACCGUCGGAGGUUCGCACAUCACUUCCCGACAACCAUCGAUCCCGAUACUUUAUAGAAGCAUAUAUAUAUAUACUCCAUUGAGCAUGGUGUAACUUUGUUUCCAGUUGCGGUGAUCGUCCGUUGCGAUACACAGUAUUUUGCCCGGGACAGACCUGAACUACCGACGUCGUCCUAGAUAGUUAGGUUCUAUAGGUGUCUUACUCCCAUUACUGUACCUUGCACGGUACCUGAACUAUAACUCUAUACCACGUCGCUAGACGUAGUCUAAACUCUCUAGACAACUGCCUAGAAGACUCUAGAUACCAGACUAAAAUCCCAAUAAUUUAUUUAAAAUUUGGUCACUUGCAUGGAGGGGAACACUGGUGAGACAUGUACGGUUUAUCCCUAGGAGAGAGGAGAGCGAUGAUCCAUGGAUGCAGCGUGGUGGCCUUCUUGGCUUUCUUUCCCUACCUCGUUUGAGCUUAAGGUACAGAAGAUUGACACAGGGCGUUGCCCUUCCAAGGGGGAGAGAGAGAGAGAGAGAGCGAGAGAGACUCCCGCGAGAACCGGUUUCCUAUCAUGGUGUUUCUGGCUAUACUACAGCCAGAUAUAAGGGCCCGGGGCGGGGUUUCAAGGGAAAAACGGUCGAGGCUGGCUGAACCUGCGACAAGAAAGCCGAAUGGGGAAAUCCAUGAUGGUCAAAACAUGGGACUGGAUUUCCCCGACGGCGGGAUAGACCAUUUUGAAUUUUGCACCCUAUGUCU